AUGACACCAUGCACCACACCCCGCAUCUCCUAGCCCCAGCUAGUAGAUCAUUGGACACAUAUCGAAACAGCUCUCUAGCUAGCGCGCUCGUCGUCUAACCUGGCUUCCGGCAUGGCUUCCAAGCAGAUCGGAGUCUUGACCUGCUUCAUUGCCAUCACCGCUCUCGCCUUCCGUCCCUGCGCAUCCGCCGUGCCCAUGGACGGCGGCUGGUCGAACGGCGGCGCCACCUGGUACGGCCCCGCCAAGGGCGCUGGAUCCGACGGUGGUGCGUGUGGGUACCAGGGUGCCGUCGACCAACCUCCGUUCUCGUCAAUGAUCACCGCCGGCAGCCAAUCCAUCUUCCAGGACGGCAAGGGCUGCGGCACCUGCUACCAGGUGAAGUGCACCGGACACGAGUCGUGCUCCGGCAGCCCGGUGACAGUGGUUAUCACCGACCUGUGCCCCGACGCUACGUGCCAGGUGGAGCCCGUCCACUUCGACCUGAGCGGGACGGCGUUCGGUGCCAUGGCGAAGCCCGGCCAGGCCGACAUGCUCCGAAACGCCGGCCGCCUACAAGUCCAGUACACUCGGGUGGCGUGCAACUGGAACGGCUUGGACAUCGCCUUCAGGGUGGACGCCGGCUCAAACGCCAACUACCUGGCCAUGGCCAUCGAGUACGAGUCCGGGGACGGGGACCUGCGCGCCGUGGAGCUGAAGCAGAGCGGCGCGGCGGCGUGGGCGCCCAUGCAACGCUCCUGGGGCGCUGUGUGGCAGUACAAGUCCGGCUCCACCAAUCUGCAGGCCCCCCUGUCUGUCCGCCUCACCUCGGGCUCCGGCAGGGUUCUCGUCGCCAGCAACGUCAUCCCCGCCGGAUGGCAGCCCGGCAGAACCUACCGCUCCGUCGUCAACUUCGGAGGAAACCAUGCAUAACGAGUGGUAUUAAGAUGUCGAUCGUCUGCAGAUGUCUCCAUCCAACAAUAAGAUGCAUGCAUAUAUGAUCUGUGUGGCCAGCUAGCUGCUAGACCAUCUCACUCCCUGAGUCUGCUGAUGCUCAGCCAAUAAUGAAUCAUUCCAUCUCGAUCGGAAAUUCAACAUAUAUAAUAAUGCAAGCACCGGAAAUAAAAUUCUACUGUGUUCUGUGACGA